GCAAACGGUCUAAGAUUGACCAAUGCAAGGAGCCAAAAGGCUGACACUCAAAGCUUUAGUCCAAUCACUGAACAAGGUUUGUUCCGUGGGUGGAUUUGUGUAUCUGUCAGUCAGUUUCAGCCCAAAGAGUGGGAUCAUAGAGAAAGAGAACCUGAGUGGGGAGAGAGACUUUGUCGGAAUCACAUCUCAGCGCCGACUGAGGUCUUGCGGACUUCGUCUAAACAUUUUCUGACGUCGAGCGACAAACAUUUGAGAUCUAAUGGAUUAUUUCUGAUUUUUUUCAUAACGGAUUACUCAGAGCUCAGUGUCUCAGUUGGACAGACUAUCAAGCUACUGGUUCAAAACACAGCGGCCACUGAAGCGGACAAGCGAGGCCUCUUGCGGAUAUGAAGACCCUGGAGGAGCCCCCAUAUCUGACGGUGGGCACGGAUGUGAGCGCCAAGUACAGAGGGGCUUUCUGUGAGGCAAAGAUCAAGACUGCCAAGCGACUGGUCAAGGCAAAGGUGACCUUCAAGCCAGACGCAUCAACAGCAGAGGUUCACGAUGAACACAUCAGAGGACUUCUGAAGGUGGGUGCUGUGGUUGAGGUGAAAAACCAAGAUGGAGUUUACCAAGAAGCCACCAUCAACAAGCUGACUGAUGCAAGCCUGUACACUGUUGUGUUCGAUGACGGUGAUGAGAAGACCCUUAGGCGCUCCUCGCUCUGCCUGAAAGGAGCACGUCACUUUGCAGAGAGUGAGACGCUGGACAGGCUCCCACUCACUAACCCAGAGCACUUUGGGACACCAGUCAUUGGGAAAAAGAGCAACCGGGGCCGACGAUCCAAUCCAGUUCAAGAAGAGGAGUCGUCAUCAUCGUCCAGUGAGGAAGAAGAGGGUGACCAGCGACAGAAUGAUGACCUGUUUGGCAAGGUGGUGUGUGUGGAAGUGGUGGCCACGGGGGACAAAAAGAAGACGUCAUGGUACCCUGCCCUGGUCAUUACUCCAGACUGCCAUGAAGAUGUGGCAUUGAAGAAGGACACCAUUUUCGUCCGUUCCUUCAAGGAUGGAAAGUUCACCACGGUUUUACGGAAGGAUGUGCAAGAACUGGACGGGGAGUCGGCACCGAAGGCAGAUGCAGCACUCAAAGCAGCUCUUGAUGCCGCCUGGGACUUCAAACGAAACGCCACCGUUCCCACCACCUGGAGGACAGAGGUGAAGGACGAGAGCUCCAGCAGUGAGGACGAUGAAGAUGAGGAGGAGGAGGAGCAGGAUGAGGAAGGCAGUAGUGAAGAGGAAGAGGAGGAGGUGGAGCCUUUCCCAGAAGAAAGAGAGAGUUUUCUCCAGCAAUUGUACAAGUUUAUGGAGGAUCGAGGGACGCCCAUCAACAAGAGGCCAGUCCUCGGCUACAGAAACCUCAACCUCUUCAAGCUCUUCAGGCUUGUGCACAAACUGGAAGGUUUUGACAAGAUUGACAGCGGGUCUGUCUGGAAGCUGGUGUACCAGGACCUGGGGAUCCCCGUGCUCAACUCUGCCGCUGGUUACAACGUGAAAUGUGCUUACAGGAAGUACUUGUAUGGCUUUGAGGAGUACUGCACCUCCACGGGGAUCACCUUUCGGAUGGACCUCCCCCUGAAGUCCACAGAAAAGCCAGGUGCCAAGGGAGAGGGGAAGGUGGAAGGGGGAGGAGCAGGAGCAGCAGCAGGGGCCAGGAGUGUUACCCCGGCAACACACAUCCCCGGGGAGGAGCAAAAGAUGGGCAAAGAGGGAGAGCCCAGCAGCUCCCAGCCUGCCAUCAAGGAGGAACCGAAUGCCGAAGCCGGAGAUCCAAACCAAAGCGCUGAGAAGGAAGACGAGAGCAACCACAGAGCUACCGCUAAUGAUGACGAUGAUGAUGAGGAGGAGGAGGACGAGGAGGAGGAUGAUGAUGAUGACGAUGAUGAUGAGCAUGAUGAUGACCAUGAAGACGACGAUGAAGAGGAGAUGGAUUGUAAUGAUGAAGGCGGGCACCAGCGUAAGACUGGCGCUGCGGAGCAGGGAGACGACGUGAAGAUGGAACCCUACAUGGACUCGGAAAACAAGGACCUAUCCGGGGCUGACAGCAGUCAGGAGGGGGAGGAAGGGGAGGAGUUUGAGUGUUACCCUCCUGGGAUGAAGGUACAGGUGAGGUAUGGGCGAGGCCGCAAUCUGAAGACGUACGAAGCCACUGUGAAAGAGUCAGACCUGGAGGGGGGAGAGGUGCUCUACCUGGUGCACUACUGUGGCUGGAACGUCAGGUAUGACGAAUGGGUCAAAGCGGACAAGAUUGUGCGCCCAGCCAACAAGAAUGUUUCUAAAAUCAAGCAUCGUAAAAAAAUAAAGAACAAAGCAGAAAAAGAGAAAGACAGAAUAGAGAGACUAAGUGACAAAGAGGACCUGACGCCCUCUAAGGCUAACCGACUCAGCCGAUCCUCCAAACCUAAUGCUGGGAGUGAUGUUUUCACAAAGAUGGAGGACUGUGAUGCCAAAGGUAACCUGCAAACUCCAGUCAAGUCCAGCGAAAUCAAAUCCAUUCUCAAUGGCCUUCAAGGUUCUGAAAGCUCAACGGAUGAUAGUGAGAGGGAGGAGGAGGAUGAGGCUGAGCAUGAUGGAGUAGACAGUCCUGUGGGAAGCCGCGGAAGUCACCGUAAAGGGAACUCCUCCGAGUCACCUCACCCACUUGAGUGCUGGGAGGGCGGGCCCCCAUCAGAUGGCUUUAAAGCCUCACCGGCCACAGGCAAUGGCCAAGAAGCAAGCUGUCAGGAAGGCUCGGAACCAGGCAAGCGCCGUGCGCAAUUUGAGCCCGAGGGAGAGAGUGGCCCACGUAAGAGAAAAGCUGAGUCUGCGGCGGAUCGUACCCCAAAGAGUCAGGCCAAGAACAAAUCCAGGAGCACCAGGGCUGGAGACUGGCUGCCUGGUGGCUCACCCAAAAAGCAAGAGGAGAGAACCGCAGGGGACGGACAGGAGCAGGGAGAGGCCUCCAGCAGCAGCUCGGAGGACGAGGGCGCCUCCCCUACCGAAUCCACGGCCAAGGAGGAGCCAAGGGGGCAUCCGAAAGCCAAAGGCUCGCCUGCCAAGAAGUACAAUGGCUUGAAGGAGAAGUCAAAGGGUGGGCGAUCCUCCUCGGCCUUCUGGGAGAUCCCGGACAAAAGAGCUAAGGUGGCGGCAGGGGGCGCAGAGGAGCGGCAAGCGGGCUGCCGAACCAAAGGCCAGAAGGACGUGUGGUCCAGCAUACAGGCCCAGUGGCCCAAGAAGACGCUGAAGGAGCUGUUCUCAGACUCGGACACGGAGGCCCAGAGCUCCCCUCCUCCGGCAGUGGCGACGCCAGAGGAGCCCCGAGCUGAGGCUGAACACACGGAGGAAGACGAGCCAGCCGAGGAGGAGCUGAUGGAGGAGGACAAGAUGCAGGAGUACCCAAGCAGCAGCGGCAGCAACUCCGUCCUCAACACGCCGCCCACCACCCCCGAGUCCCCCGCCCUGAGCAGCAGCGGUGGAGGAGGCGGAGGCGCCAUGGAGAACUCUGGUCGGACACCGGCCUGCAGCAGCCCCGUGGCCCCCGCCCAGGCCCCCGCCACCCCAGCCUCGGGCUCCCCCGCCGUGCCCUCACCGGCAAGGCCGCAGAUGGAGGAGGGACGGCUGGGCCGCAGCGAGUCGGACAGCAGCACGGUAGAGGUAGAGAGCCUGGGUGGGGAGUCGCAGGAGAUGACCCCCCAUGAGGAGAGGGCUGGGAUGACCCCCCAGGAGGAGAGGGCUGGUUCCCCCUCAAAAGCGUUUGACACCAGCCUCUCCUGCAACAGCAACAGCAACUGCAGCCUGGAGCUCAGCAACAGCAGUCAACAGGAGAGCGAGCAGAAAUCCAAAGCAUCGGCCACUCAGAAACGACACAAAGAAUCCCAAGGUGGCGUGAUGUCAAAGAAACACAAGAGAAGCCACAAGAGCCUGGGCCUGCAUCCUAAGAAGAACCGGAAAGCAGCCCACAGCAGUGACAGUGAGGACCAGUCGGUCAGUGAGAGCCCGUCAAAAUCUCCCACCACCAAACACAACGCGUCGGACCUGAAGCCAGCCAUCUCUCCCAAGUGCCCAGGUAGGACCCCCCCAUCGGGCCACAAGUACAAGCAUGGGGACAGCGAGCCCACACACCACCGGGGGCACCAUGGCCGAGCGGCACGUGUUUACAAGUGGAGCUUUCAGAUGUCUGACCUAGAGAAGAUGAACAGCUUGGAAAAGAUAUCAUUCCUUCAGGAGAAGCUGCAAGACAUCCGGAAUCAUUAUCUCUCACUCAAGUCGGAAGUGGCCUCCAUUGACCGGCGACGAAAGCGCAUGAAGAAAAAGGAGCGAGAAACAGGUGCAGCGGCUGCCUCAUCGUCGUCCUCUUCCUCCUCUCCGUCCUCCAGCUCGCUGACAGCGGCCGUCAUGCUGACCCUGGCAGAGCCCACUGUCUCGGCACAGAACUCUGGCGUGUCAGUGGAGUGCAGGUGACAGGAAGUGAGGAGAUUGCGAGCGCUCUGAGCACUUAACCAGCACAGGGGCCCUACCCCUGCCUUGCCCUCCCCAACAGGACAAACAGGACAGACCCACACAACCCACACAAAUGCUGGGGGCACAACAAACUGACCGGAAUCAAGAAGAAAAAAAAAAAAAACCUGAACAAGCACUAUUUUCUAUCGACAACUGUUUCCUCGGCAAGCUAAUUGCACUUAAGUGCACUUUUAUUCAAAGGCAGACAUGUGGGGGUGAAAACCAGGAGUAAAAAAAAAAGUACAAAGCUGUUUUUUUUUUUUUGUUCAGAAAUGUUCUUUUUAAGCAAUAAUUAUGUCCAUUGAGUGUUUGGAGCAAGGAAUAGGCCCGCCAGCACUGUCUACAGAGGGGCCUAUAGAAUUAUUACUCAUUCAGAAGUUCAGUGCAGCAGCACCCUUGAAGUGUUUUUUUUUUGUCACAUUAGCCUCUCCUCUUGUGUAUAAUGUAAUAGGCCCAACCACAUCCACAGAAAUCAAAAACCAACGGUUUUAGAGCAGCAAAACUCCAUUUCAGUAGCAGUGACUGUAAAAAGUUGAGUCUCAUCAUCCAGUUGUUUGGGGAGACGACAAGCAGGUAGCAGGGGGGUAAUUCACUGACAGCCAAUAAGUGGAUGGAUAUUGAGCAGUGCUGUAGUGCCUUGUAGGUCCCUCUCUUUGGGCACUUUGAGGAAACGAUGCGAAGGAGUUUAAAUGCUUUGGAUGACCUAUCAGUGAAGGGUCAUGUAUAUGGCCUUCAUAAUGCCUUUCUAAGAGUUAAAUGGUGCUACUUGUAACUAUUGACCAUGCCAUUACUACAGCAUGAACUGGAAUGUUCAUUCCUGUAACAAAAUUACGAUUGUGUCAAUUGGAACAAUGCCUUAUGAAUGUCAGUUAAUGUUUGGGGUGUCAUUUAAUACUUAAAUGAGCCUUAUGAAGACCUUAUACACAGUCCCCCUCACCUAAUGUGCCGCCCUGUACUGAUCCUGUAUGCCCUUCAGAUUAUUAAGACAUGUUUGUCUUGUUUACAAAAGACUGAAGUAACUGGGCAUGAAUGAUUGACCAGGCCAGAGCCUGAAGAUGAUCAUAGACAGCGGAGUAAUACGAAAAUCAACAUCUUUGGCAGCCGAUUUAAAUGUUUAUUACUACUGAAUAUUUACAUAGCCCUAAACAAAGGGGCUCAACCAUAAUGUGGCAGUAUUUGGAUGUGCAAUGACAGAAGUGACAGAUUUAUUAGUAUUGUCCUCAUUAGAUGAUUACUGUUGAUAGAGUCUGGUCAAUUCCACAUGUAGCCUUUUCUUUCGUGUCUUCCUUUCUUUCUCCUUUCCUUUUCUGUUGUCGGUUUGAGUCAUACCCUCUGACACUCCAUGUUUGCAUAGCCCACUGGAAAAGCACUUCUUCAUAACUGCAUCAGAUUUUAAUGUCAAAGGGAGAACUUUGUGGCCUAACAUUCACAACAGUGGAAAGAGUGAAAUGUAUGAAUGGAACUCCUGAUUGCAAGGUCUGAUUGUUCUGACGAUAGAAAGUAUGUCGUGAUCCAACAUGUGAUGUCUUUUGUAAUCCCUACUACAGUCUGUUACCUUAUUUUUCUUCUCUGCCUGAGUUGGGGGGUAAUUGGAAAUAAUUAGGAAUAAGAGUCUGUCAUGUAAUGAGUGCAGAGGUCCUGCCACAGCUCCUGGUCAAAUAAAGCCUCCCCUAGAACCUUGGCAAGCAGUAUUGGUUAGUCCAAAUAGUAGUGCUCUCUUAAAAUGUGGUCCAUAAUUCAAAGGUGUUGCCUUUCCAAAAACAAAAAAAAGACUCCUCCCUUUAGUUACGGUUUGCAAUUUCUGACCAGGAAAAGGGUUACAAUGUUCUAAGUGUGGAUCUAUGAUGAAUGACUCAUAGGUAGGUGAAAGAUCACUGAAGAAUUCUCCAAUGUUUCCUUUGUAUAGACUCCCUGUUGUACCAUAGCCUGAAGGUCUGUUCCGUCUGGCACUUGUAUGUAAUUGUAUGCCUUUGUUAUACAUUUGUAUAUUGAGAAGUGUGUUUUAAGUCAAGCUAUUUAAUAUCUUGUACCAUGUACUUUUCUGUACAGGCAGUUUUACUGUUUCAACUGUAGUUGCUGUGUACACUCUGAAGGUAAAAGCAUGUUUCUUUGUUGGUUUGUUUGUUUCUUAAUUUUUCUUUCUUUCUUUCUUUCUUCUUCUUUUUGUCUGUCUUUUAUUUCUUGUGUUAAUUUUGUUCUUACCAUAAUGUGAGUUCCACUUCUGUUCAUACGUAGGGUUUCAUACUAUUGCAGCAACACAUGCUUUUUGAGUUUCUGAUUUUGUUUUUCUUCUGUUAGAUUAGUUGUGCUUGUACUAGAUGCCCUUUGUGUUUUAUCGUGGUUUGAAAAGUAUUUUCAAAUCUGUACAUGGGUUGUAAAGUUUUAUGGAUCUUUGCAAAAAUAUGGUCUGAGAGGAUGAGAGAGAAAGCAAGAGAAGAAAGAAAAUGGUAAAACUUAUAAGAAAGCUCUAUAGUAUUUAUUAGGCGCAGCAGACGAUGGACAUUGUGUAAUUUAUUGUACAAAUGUAAGCAAAAAGGAAGCCUCUGUUUGAAAUAAAUGCCAUAGUUUGUGAACUUAAA